CUCUUCCUCCUGAAAAGUUCGUCGCUUUCAAGCUCUCUGGAUCUUUGAAUACGUAAAAAGUGCUGCAAGGGGCAAAAUGGGAAGAGAAAAGAAGAGUCCUGGAUUGAAGAUCCUCUGGGUUUGGACUAUUGGCACUGCUGCUAUAUUGGUGGCGAGUGUUGUCCGGACAAGAAUGCAUGACAUGGAGACGAUGAUGAACCAGGAACAAGCACCACCGAAACAAAACCAGAACGUAAAUGCUGGCCACUCUGUCUUAACGGAUGAAACUGUUUUGCCUGAGUCGGAUCGAGAGAUUGCCAAAGAACUCAAAUGAAGUACAAGACUUGUUCUGCUGUUUUUUCUUCUUCUUGUUUUAUCCUCUUCCUUUUGUUAGUUUAUGUAUGUGUAGUUUGCGACUAAUAUUAUCAUUAGAAGAUCCUAGAUGAUGUUACAUAGAGAAUAAUCUAAAAAAUGAAUCGACCAAGAAGUUUUAUGAGUGAA